GCACUAUCUCCUGAGUUUGCUCAAAUUCAUGUCCAUUGAGUUGGUGAUACUAUCUAACCAUCUCAUCCUCUGUGUAGUACCUAAUGGUAGCUACAUGUCAUUAUGAAAAGUGAAAGUGUUAGUCGCUCAGUCAUGUCUGAGUCUGUCCAUGGAAUUCCCCAGGAAAGGCUACUGGAGUUGGUGCUAUUUCCUACUCCAGAGGAUCUCCCUGACCCAGGGAUUGAACCCUCAUCUCUUGUGUCUCCUGCAUCGGCAGGCAGAUUCUUUACCACUGUGCCAUCUGGGAAGCCCAAAUGUCUGUUUUACUGGAUGCCAAAGCCUGAGAUGAGCAUUUGUUUCAGAGGAAGUGGAAGUACAGCUUUCUGGACUGUAACCCACGAGUUCCACAGGAAGACUCUUUUUGUUGAUAAAAGCACAUCUGGAGAGUGGACCAAAUGUCUGCAAAUGCCAAUCCUCAGAAUGCAAGAGUGGAAGAGGGGCAGGGAGCAUCCAAGGUGGUCUUAGGCUGGUGUCAGGUUCAAGUGGCCACACGAGAUUCUGUGUGUCAUGACCGUCUCUACAGGGCACAUGGCUCAGGGAGUUUGCAUGUUUUAUAUAAAAUUCAAGAUAACCCCAGCAAUAUAAAUGCACUUGUGUCCCAGGGACUUGUUUCCUGUCUCAUCUGUUUCUCAUCUGUCUGACAGUGGUCCUACUGCAGACAUUAUAAAGGUGUCGAGAAGGGUCAUGACACAGUUGGGUCAGGGAGGAGCUUGAGGACUCUCACCCACCCUGGCCAGGGUGCAGCCCCUCUCACUGGCUUCCCAAGGAGCCUAAGGGAACUCUGACUCAUCAGCUUUCCUUCCUCCAGGGAGUGUCCCCAAAACCAGUAAGGAGGACGAGGGACCCCUUAAAACUCAUCCACAUCCUGUGGCCAUGCUGACGUCAGCAUCCACUCUCCUCGCUCCCAGGAUGUUCUGGGUCCUCUUGUUCUUGGCUGCCGUCAGGAGUGCUCAGAGUGGAACCUGGGACAAACCCAACUGCACCAAGGGUGUGGUUUCUGUGUCGAGGGGCAAGCCAGCCACGAUGACAUGUCGCAUCUCCAAUGCCUUCUCCCACAUCAACGUCUCCGUGAAAGUGAACCCCACGGUACCCUGGAAGCUCAUCUGCAGUGUAAAGCCUCCAGGAGACUUCUGCCAGGAUGGAUGGGGUCUCUGGAUUUGGAAGGGCCAGGCGUACCUAAUAACUGAUAAAGCCCAGGACACCCAGGCAGGGCUGUACAAGUGGACUCUGCAGGGACGCCAGAUAAAUACCGAAAUCACCACACUGACCGUCGUAGACCCGCAUUACCUGCCUCUCACACCUCCCACAGGUAGGUGUUUCUAUCUUCAUCCUGGGCAACAGGAGGGGAGCCCCCAGAAAGCCCCCCUUGGGUCUUCCCUCCACAGACACCCUCACCCUCUGUGCCCGGAGCCCUGCUCAUCCCAUGCACCAUGCCCCUGCCAUUCUCCCACCCAUGGGCUUCCCAACCACAGGCGAUGUCCCCCUCAAGGGUGCCCCCAAGGUGGUGGGGGCUUCUGCACAGGUGAACAAAGGAGGGAGGGCCUGCCCGCCCAUUUAUCGCAGGUCAGCAGGUGAGCACACCCCAUUCCGAUCAUAAUCCUGAACACACUGAGCGAGAUGCUGGUAAUCUUCCCCAUCCUUGCCUCGUCAUCCUCCUCAGCCUGCUGAUCUGCACGCUGGCCUAGUGCCGAAGGUGUGGCUCCCUG